AUGUGGAAGAAUCGACUUGCGAGUCCCCCAGACAGUAAAGUGACUCGAGACGAGGAUAAUUUGGAUCGCUGCGGCGAUUCGCCGGGCCGCAACGGUAAAUGUGCCAAAGCCGGAUCUUUGACUAUCGUAAGAAGAAGUAGCACUAAAAAAUCAUCAACAAACCGCAGCAGCAGCGCGGAUUCAUCUUUAAGUUCUCCAACAGGAGACGAUGAUAAUUUAAGCUCUGUUGAUUUAACGUCAGAAAAAUUACCACCCGUUGACACACCUGAUGCUUGCGACAAAGCGGCACUAAGACUAAGAUGUCUUUUACAUUUGCUCGAAAGAGGAGAAAUACCCGAAGAAAUAUUAAAAAAAAAUAUUAAUUAUGCCGCAAAAGUAUUGGAAGCCGUUUACAUCGACGAAACAAAGCGUCUUGCUGAUGAAGAUGACGAAUUAUCCGAGGUACAACCUGAUGCCGUCCCUCCAGAAGUUCGUGAAUGGCUCACGUCAACGUUUACAAGACAAUUGGCUACAACGAGAAGAAAAGCUGAUGAAAAACCAAAAUUUCGUUCCGUGGCACAUGCCAUAAGAGCUGGCAUAUUCGUUGAUAGGAUUUAUAGAAGAGUCACAUCUUCAAGCAUGAUGCAUUUUCCACCAGAAGUUGUUAAAGUUUUAAAGACUUUGGACGAUUGGUCGUUUGACGUAUUUGCAUUGGAUGAAGCUGCUGAUGGUCAACCUGUUAAAUACAUUGGAUACGAUCUCCUUAAUCGUUACGGAAUGAUUCACAACGUUGAUAAAUCAAAAGCUGCCUCAUUAGUUUUGCAUUGCUGUGACAUUUCUCAUCCUGCAAAACGAUGGGAUCUUCAUUCACGGUGGACAGGACUUUUACUGGAAGAAUUUUUCAGACAGGGAGAUAUGGAAAGAGAUUUAGGGUUGCCUUUUAGCCCUUUGUGUGAUAGAAAAACCACCCUCGUUGCCGAAUCUCAAAUAGGUUUUAUUGAAUUUAUUGUCGAACCUAGUUUAGCAGUUUGUAGUGACAUGUUGGAAAUAAUAUUGGGACCUCAAAAACAAGAUGAUGGAACGGGAGAAGAAACGACGGAAAGUCAAAAACCUUGGGUUGAAAUGCUUGUGACAAAUAAAACAAAAUGGAGAGAACAAGCUGCUAAAGUAAAGGAAAUAUUUUACUUUAAUGCAGAUGCUGAAAUUCGAGCUCAGGAGGAAUUGGAGGAAAAUCAAAAUGAUGAUGCCAGAAAUGAUGAAUGA